CUAUGAUUGCGAGCAACCUUCCAAAGAUGCGAGACCUGGUCGCCCCCUUGUCCUGGGAAGGGAGGGAAGUGCACAAGCGAUGCAGAGAAGUUGGAGCCGAGCCACGGGAGAGCGCCAUCGGCAAACAAAAGAAAAGCGAAAACUCGCGCGUGUCUUGACCAUGCGGAGCCCCCCGCAGAAAACCCAGCACCAUCAUCAGAGAGAGAGAGAGUGUGUUCUACCACCACCCGAGGCGAGCAAAGGGCCGGUCACCUGAGCAUCGAGGCCAUGCGAGAUCUACCGGCGCUGUCAGGAUGGCAAGGUCGGAGGAAAUAAAAGGGCAAAUAUCAGUGCUGGGGGUUCCCCUUAGUUUCUGGGGGCUUGAAAAACGACAACUUCGCCAAAUAACGACUCCCCUGGCUCCCGUCCCACCGCAGAGUGAUCUCGCUCAGUACCAACCUAGGCCGCACGAGCCCUCGCUCGCCUCGAGCGGGCGCUGGGGAAGUUCAUUUCUGUGCACGCCUUGCACGCCUUGCACGCCUUGCACGCCUUGCACGCCUUGCACGCCUUGCACGCCUUGCACGCCUUGCACGCCUUGCACGCCUUGCACGCCUUGCACGCCUUGCACGCCUUGCACGCCUUGCACGCCUUGCACGCCUUGCUCGGCAUAG